AUGUCGGAGAGCAACGUCACAAGCAACGACGAUGGCGCGACGUCUCGCGUACCUGUGAAGGAGAGCAGCAGCGUUUCCCUUCACUACCAGAUGCUAACGAAGACAAAUUACUCAACUUGGGCUAUCAAGAUGAGCGUGUACCUACAAGCACAAGGCGUGUGGGACGCCAUCCAGCCUGGGACUGAAGUGGAGACGAGGAGAGAUAAGAUAGCACUUACUGCCAUCUAUGAAACCAUCCCUGAAGAGAACCUCCUACUCAUAUCGGAGAAGGAGACUGCGAAGGAAGCAUGGGAGACGCUCAAGACCAUGUACGUGGGCGCUGAUCGAGUUAAGCAGGCGAAGCUUCAAACUUUGAAGAGUGAGUUUGAAAUCCUCCGCAUGAAAGAAGCAGAGACGAUAGAUGAAUUCGCUGCAAGGCUGACUGCUAUAGUCAGUAAGGCUGCCGGUCUUGGUGGAAAGAUUAAGGAGAGCACUAUCGUUAAGAAACUAUUGGUCACAGUCCCUAACAAGUGUCUGCCAAUUGUCACAUCAAUCGAGCAAUUUGCCGAUUUAUCGACGAUGACGUUGGAGGAGGCAAUCGGUCACCUCAAGACCUUUGAGGAGAGGAUACGUGGUGCUGGUGGUGAGGAAAACGAGAGUCUCUUGCUCAUGACAGAAUGGAAGUCUCGAGGGAAGGAGUUUGGGCGUGGCUCAUCAUCCAACCCGUCUAAGGGGCACGACAAAGGUUUUGGAAGAGGCCGUGGCCGCGGCCGUGGUUGUGGACGCGACACUGGUCGUAGAAACCACAACUGUGACAAUGAGUAUGAAGAAAAGAAGAAGGUUGACAAGAGGAAAGUGAAGUGUUUUAACUACAAUAUCAUGGGGCACUUCGCAUCUGAGUGUCGAUUAAAAAAAGAGGAGAAAGCAUACGUCGCCAAGAAGGACGACGACGAGCCAGCCUUAUUAAUGGCAUAA